AUGAAGUCUUUUACUCUUGCUUCCGCCUUCUUCGCCGCUGCGGCUGUUGCCCAGCCCCAUGCCAACCCUCACGGAAACCACCACCGCCGUCACCACCAGAACGAGAAGCGCGAUGUUGUCACCGAGGUUGAGUGGGUGACUGAGAUCGCGUACGUUACCAAGAUGGUCGACGCUACUACCACCGUCUGGGUCCGACCUGAGGCCGAGCCUACUACUGCUCCUCAGCCCGAGACAACUCAGGCCGCCCCCAAGAAGGUUGCUCCCAAGAAGGAGAAGAAGCCUGCUCCCGUCCCUACCACUACUCUGGUCACCAGCGUCUACACUCCUCCUCCUGCUCCUAAGACCACCACUGAGGCCGAGGCUGCUGCUGAGCCUACCUCUCAAUAUGUCGCUCCCGUCGAGCCCACUACCCAGGCUCCUGCCCCUAAGCCCACCACUCAGGCCCCCAAGGCUGUUGUCUCGGCCCCCAAGGAGGAGACCGAGCCCGAGACUGAGGUCGCUCCCGUUCAGCAGGAAAAGGCUGCCAAACCUUCCUCAGGCGGUAGCUCCUCUGGCAGUAGCUCCUCUGGCGGUUCUGACACCAAGAACGGUGAGUUCACCUACUACGAUAUUGGUCAAGGUGCCUGCGGUCAGGACGACACUGGCAAGGAUGACUCUAUCAACGUUGUCGCUCUCUCCCACCUCCUCAUGGGCGAGCUCUCCAACAACAACCCCAUGUGCGGCAAGACCAUCACUAUCAAGGCCAAUGGCAAGACCUGCCAGGCUACCGUCGUCGAUAAGUGUAUGGGCUGCGCUAUGGACGACAUCGAUGUCAGCCGAAAGGUCUACGAGACGAUCUGGGGCAGCCUCGACUCUGGCCGCACCGAGGUCGAGUGGUGGUUCAACAACUAA